AUGGCGGCGGCGUCGCCGGUGGUGCGGCGUUGGACACCAACGCCGAGCCCGACUACGCCACUCAACGUCGCCAGCAGCAUCGGCGGCGAGCACGAGACCGGCCGCGGGGUUUUCCUCACCUGGCGGGAUGUUUCGGUGACGGCUGUCGACGAGAAGGGGAGGCACAAGCUGAUUCUCGACCAGAUCACCGGCUGCGCCCGCCCCGGCCAAGUGCUGGCUCUCAUGGGAGCCUCCGGCAGCGGCAAGACCACGCUUCUCGACACCCUGUCUGGUCGACUCGGGGUAUACAUGAAUGGCACGGGCGACAUCUUGAUCAAUGGCCGACGGAAGAGGCUUUCUUACGGCACUUCGGCAUAUGUAACCCAAGAGAACACGCUGAUGACCACGCUGACGGUGAGAGAAGCCAUCCACUACUCGGCGCAGCUCCAGCUGCCGGGCUCCAUGCCGCUGGCCAAGAAGCUGGCGCGCGCCGACCGCGCCAUCCGGGAGAUGGGGCUGGGCGCGGUGGCCAGCUCGCGGAUCGGCGGCCGGGUGUGCAAGGGCAUCAGCAGCGGGGAGCGGAAGCGGGUGAACAUCUGCAUGGAGCUGCUCGCGUCGCCGGGCCUGCUCUUCCUCGACGAGCCCACCAGCGGGCUCGACAGCGCCGCCGCGUACCAUGUCAUGGCACACAUCGCCAGGCUCGCGAGGACCACGGGGACAACGGUGGUCGCCGCCGUUCACCAGCCGAGCACGGAGGUGUUCGACCUCUUCAAUGGGCUCUGCCUGCUUGCGAACGGGAGGAUGGUAUACUUUGGGCCAACUCCUGAGGCAGCUGAGUUCUUCACCGCCAAUGGCUGUCCAUGUCCCUUGAGGAGGAAUCCUUCUGAUCACUACCUACGAAUUAUAAACAAAGAUUUUGAUGAGGAAAUAAAGAACGGGCCCAGUCUCAAGUCUCCAAGUGCAGCUGAAGCUAUUGAAACUCUGGUUAACUCUUUCAGAUCUCUCCAUAAUUUGGCAGCCAACAUUCAGGCCAUGAGGACAGAGAAUGAUGUUCUGCCAUUAAUUAAGGAAAGGCAAGCUGGUUUCUUCACCAAAUUGCUUGUGCUCAUCAAAAGAUCGAGCGUCAAUAUGCACCGAGACAUAGGCUACUACUGGUUGAGAUUUGCAAUUUUCACUUUUGUCUGCCUCAGCAUUGGCAGUAUUUUCUACAAUAUUGGCGACACUAGUAUGGGAUCCAUCCAGGCUAGAAUAUCAUUGAUUAUGUGUAUAACAACAAUAUUGACAAUGACUUCACUUGAAGGAUUCCCAUCUUUUGCAGAGGAUAUGAAGGUAUUUCGAAAGGAAAGGUUGAAUGGGCAUUAUGGUGCCACUGCAUUUGUGAUCUCCAACACACUCUCAUCAGCUCCAUUCUUAGGACUAAUGUGCAUAAUACCAGGUGCAAUAAUAUACUACAUGACUGGUCUCCAACGAGGAAUGGACCACUUCAUCUACUUUGUGGCAGUAUUGUGGGCAUCCAUAAUGCUAGUGGAGGGACUGAUGAUGGUUGUUGCAGUGAUGGUGCCCGAUAUUCUCCUUGGUAUCGCCAUUGGAUCUGGAAUACAAGCACUCCUGCUGCUCAGUUGUGGUUUCUUCAGGUUCCCUGAUGACCUCCCAAAACCUGUGUGGAAGUACCCAAUGUACUUCAUCUCCUAUCACAAGUACGGAAUGCAAGGAUUAUACAAGAAUGAAUUCGUAGGAUUAACAUUUGGGGACCAAAUGAAUCGUAAUGGACUUCUCAUGGGAGGUGACCACGUACUAAAGAAAUUACAAGUGGAGAUGGGCUACUCUAAGUGGGUAGAUCUUGCAAUUUUGUGUGCAAUGGUUAUAAUCUACCGGGCAACCUUCUUGGCUAUGAUAAAGUUGACUGAGAUGCGUGGACCGAUUAUUAAGUGUCGAUGGAUGAAAGUUUAAUGAUGUUUAAUUAUAUUUAGUGGCUAAUCAAUUAUGGUGACAAGUAAUAUACAGAAAUUGUCCUAUUAAUUAUGUUUAAU